AUAUGGUCUCCAGCUAUGGGCCAGGUGGUCUUGAGUUCAAGUCCCACCUGUCCCAGUGGUGCCAUAACAUCUUCCAGUAGGGUCCGUACACUUUUUGUCAGUGGCCUUCCUAUGGAUAUUAAACCACGUGAGCUUUACCUUCUCUUUCGACCAUUCAAGGGAUAUGAAGGUUCACUGAUCAAGCUAACAUCAAAACAGCCAGUUGGCUUUGUUACAUUUGACUGCAGAGUGGGAGCAGAAGCAGCGAAGAAUGCAUUAAAUGGCAUUCGGUUUGAUCCUGAAAAUCCUCAAACUCUCCGGUUGGAAUUUGCAAAGGCAAACACGAAGAUGGCUAAAAGCAAACUGAUGGCGACACCUAACCCCACAAAUAUGCACCCUGCCUUGGGAGCACACUUCAUAGCACGGGACCCCUGUCCCCACUGCUGUGUCCCUCCACCACGCUUCCUCCAGCCGCUAGGAUGGGAUGCUGAUCACGGAUUUCUCCAAGGCCCGUCAGUACCACCCCACAUGUGGCCGAGAGACGACCUUGCAGGAACAGCACUGAUCCCUGCAUCUCCAGAGGCCUGGGCUCCCUAUCCACUGUACACAACAGAGCUGACCCCUGCCAUUCCACAUACUGCGUUCACCUACCCUGCUGCUGCAGCUGCAGCUGCCGCACUUCACGCUCAGAUGCGCUGGUAUCCUCCAUCUGAAGCAUCUCCACAAGGAUGGAAAUCUCGUCAGUUUUGUUAAGUAUUUAACUGCCCUUCUCCAACAAUUCCGAUUUCUCCAUGGAGUGAUGCGCAAGAACAGGCUGGAUUUUUGUUUUCAGGUUGGAGUUUACUGAAGGGUAUUUUGGAUAAUUGGCUCAUUUCCACUCGACUUGGAGGGGGUGGCGUGAUCACUAAGGACUGUGGAUUUAAGAACUUUACUGGUGAACACUUUUGUUUCCCCCCCACAUGGGAGGACCUAUAACCUGGCAGUCAGAUCCAUCUGAUGCAAGGACCAACAAGAAAAUGGCACCCCUGCUCUGAAGCUGCAAGGUUAAAGGUUGACAUUGGAACUGUGAAGUACAUUGGCAAUGGCACACCACAUCUAAUGUAUUUUCUUUUUGUACAUCUUAUUUUGUGAAUGCACGCAUCGGGUCUUUGUAUUUGAUCGUUUUGUUUUGCCCCGUUCCCCCUUUUUUCUUUCCCCCUCUUAUAGACCUGGGUUGCCUUUUUUGUGAGGAUGGUUCGGCAAAGUAAACAUAACAGUUCCCAGCUGGAGGUGCUGUUUUGAGGGGAAGCUAUCAUCAUCCAGAGCCUUUUGCCAUUUGGAGGGAUUUUCCAGCUGACCGUUUCAGGAUGUCCACCAGUUUACUUUUGAAGUUGCCACAGCCUUUUUUUUUUGGUUUUGUUUAGUGCCCUUGGCUUGUUAACUUGUCUCUUCUGGAGAAAACCAGUCUUGCCAAAUAUCAGCUGUUCCUGUUAAAAGUAUUUUGAACGAUAUUGAGUACAAGUAUUUUUGUACUGGUGUAAUGAAGAAUAUUUAUGCAUCAAGGAUUUUUGUGCAAUUAAAAUUGUAAUCUGUAUUAUAACUUAAUGUUAGUUCAGUUGUGUUUUGGAAAUGCUGAUUAUAAGCCCAUAUGGUAGUUUAAGAAAAGGUGCAAUUGUAUUUUUUUUUUUUGCUUACUUUGCUUGGUGUUAAGUACUUAAAGUAUUAAGAGUGUGGUUGUUUUUGCUUGUACAAGGACUGCAAGAUUUGAGAUGUAAGUUGCUGAUCCUUCUAGAAUGUGAAACUGGAUUAUAAAAGACAGAAUGUUCAAUA